ACGCACCGCCUCCGUGCGCCCCUCGCCGUUACUGCUUCCGAGUCGCUUCCCCGACGGCCCUAAGGGUGCCGGCCCGGCGGCGCCGCGGGAGCGGAAGAGCCACCAGCGCCUGUGCCUCGGGCCGAUGACUCCCCUCCGCCCGCGCCCCCGGCUCGGCUACGAUUUCCUUCACUCUUUGCUCCGCUCCGCGUUUAAGGACGCGCGCAGCCCACGGCCGAGCGCCGAGACGGCGGGACUCCGCGGGCCCAGCCGGCCCCUCCGCCCCGCCCCGGCGGGCGCCGCGCCGCCCGGGGCCUCCGGGCCGCUGUCCAGCGCUCGCAGCCUGAGCCGAGGAUGUCGCGGCGCCAACACGCUCGCCGUCUCCCCCAGCAAGCGGCCCCGGCCCGCGGAGGAGGGCGGCCUGCGGCUCCGCUUCGUGCGGCUCUCGGAGCACGCCACCGCCCCCACCAAGGGGUCCGCGCGCGCCGCGGGCUACGACCUGUACAGUGCCUAUGAUUACACAAUACCACCCAUGGAGAAAACCCUUGUGAAAACCGACAUUCAGAUAGCUCUUCCUUCUGGGUGCUAUGGAAGAGUAGCUCUUAGAAGGCUCACAUUGGCUCAAGAGGUUCUCGCUGUGAGAAAAACUGAAAAUAUAGCUCCACGAUCCGGCUUGGCUGCAAAACACUUUAUAGAUGUAGGAGCUGGUGUUGUAGAUGAAGAUUAUAGAGGAAAUCUUGGUGUUGUACUGUUUAAUUUUGGCAAAGAAAAAUUUGAAGUAAAAAAGGGUGACCGAAUUGCACAGCUCAUUUGUGAAAGGAUUUUUUAUCCAGAAAUAGAGGAAGUUCAAGUUUUGGAUGACACUGAAAGGGGCUCAGGAGGUUUUGGUUCUACUGGAAAAAAUUAAAAUUUAUGCCAAGAAUAGAAAAUGAGAAAUAAAGAGUUUUUGUUUGGUGUUUUGCACUCCUGUAAACUUAAGAGCUUUAGAUUCUAAAAAUAUUUGGUUCUCUUAUGAUCAAGGAAAAAGGUAAUCUGUUGGGAUCACAUUGAACUUUUUUGUGUUUUUCUACAUUUGUUGUUGUAUAAAUAUUCAUGGUAACCUGAAUAGUUUGUUUUGUUUUUUUUUGUUUUUUUCAAUCAAACGUACAUCAGUUAUAGAUCUUCAGAACUGUAUUAUUUAAUUCACUAAAUGCUACUCAUUCAACAACUUAUUCUUCGGUUUGUUUUAUAGAUCAUAAGCAAAGCCUUUUAUUCAAUAAAUUUGAAUUCUCUCACAGAUUCAAA